AUGGAAACAGCCAUCGCUGGCAACAAUGUGAAUUGUAUACAAUUUCGUCCAAGAGUUGCAUCGGAUUUAUAUUAUAUCAAUAUUACGAAUGGAACUGGUUGUUCAUCGUAUGUCGGUCGGCCUACAAGCACAUCUUUCAAUCAUCUAGUUACAUUGCAAGAUCCUGGUUGUAUUGAUGAUGGAAGGGUUAUGCAUGAAUUGUUACAUACUUUAGAAUUUUUGUUUCUAUUUGAAAAACUAGGAUUUCUCCAUGAACAAUCGCGAACUGAUCGGGAUUUGUAUGUUCGAGUCAAUUACGCAAACAUACAACCAGGCUUGGAAAUGAAUUUCUAUAAGUAUGACAACAAUACAGUUGACGAUCAAGGCACUUCGUACGAUUAUGGCUCUGUAAUGCACUACGAACGUGAUGCAUUUUCACGAAAUGGCUUACCAACAAUCGAACCACUUCAACCAAAUGUUCAGAUUGGACAACGUAUUGGAAUGAGUCCCAUAGAUAUUCUAGAAGUUCAACUUCUUUAUGGUUGUGCUACCAGUAGAACGUUUUCGUCAAGUAGUACGGCUACAACAACAUCGGCAAAUUGCUUUCCAACAAGUUGGAAUCCAAUCGGUACUGUAGUGGCGAGUGGUGGCUAUUACGGAGGCCUAGCUGUUGACGAUGACUUUAACGUAUAUGUAGCCGAUGGAAACCAUCGUCGUUUACAAAAAUGGGCUCCGGGCGUUGCGCAGCCAGUCAAUAUGCUAGAGGGGUACUUUUCACACACUCCCAUGUUUUUUCACUCAUCGACCCGCUCACUUUACUAUAUUGAUCGACUUUUGGCAGGCAGUCCAGGUGUGUAUAAACUAGUACUUGGACAAACAACACCAGUGAGAGUAGCUUUUGGCAAUGGCGUAGGCUCUGCUUUAAAUCAACUGCGACAUGACUGUCGUGAUUUUUAUGUGAAUAGCGCGGGUGAUAUAUUCGUGCUGGAUACUUACAAUCAACGUGUAUUAAAAUGGGUGGUGAAUGCGAGUUCUGCGAUAUUGGUAGCAGGUGGAAGAGGUCAAGGAAACACUUCCACUCAAUUAUCUUAUGAAGCGUAUGGGUUAUAUGUGGAUACAAUAAAUAAUGCGAUAUACGUAGCGGACACAGGUAACAAUCGCAUCCAGAAAUACACAACUGGAUCUGUGAGUGGAGUAACAGUUAUUGAUGCCACUUAUCGUAGAAAUUUCUCUGUUGGAUUGCCACAGCUGUAUGGACCUAAAACCGUAUUUGUUGAUAGAACUGGAAGCAUUUUAGUGGGUGAUUGGCAACGGAUUACCAAGUGGACACCGGAUGCAACUUCUGCAAGUCUCGUUGCUGGUGGAAAGCAAGGAUCAGGCGCUAAUGUCAAGUCCAUGGAUAAUCCAUCGGCGUUCACAUUCGAUAGACAAGGUUCCUUAUAUGUCCUCGACUGGAUUAAUCAACGAGUACUUAAAUUCAAUGUCGCGUCAACAUCGUGCAUGGCUGGAAUCGGUUGA